AUGGAAUCUCUUAGAUACUUAUGGCCUUCAACGAGCCUAGUCUAUGAGCAGUUUGCGAAAGACCAAGGCUUUAAACCUACUACUGUUGAGCUUUUACAUGACGGGCUGGGUCAUUGGCUAGGUGAUGAAAACGCAACGGAUGUUGUGCUCUACUUCCAUGGUGGUGGCUUCCAAUUGAGCGCCAACCCAGCGUUACUUGAGUUCUAUUCGAACAUCAUUAUAGACCUCAACUCCCAGGGGCAAAAAAUCGCAUUUUUCUUUCUCUCUUAUAGCCUGACGCCCCAUGCUUCAUAUCCAACUCAGCUGAAGCAAGGAGUUGAGGCUUUAAGAUAUAUCAUCAGGCAGACAGGCCGUUCACCAUCAAAUAUACUUCUCGGAGGCGAUUCUGCAGGGGGGAAUCUUGCGUUAUCAGUGCUCCUCCAUCUUUCACAUCCACAUCCCGAUGUUGAGCCGCUGGACUUUUCAGGUUCUCUUGGUGGCAUAUAUACCAUCUCACCUUGGGGAUGUCUCUGCCUUAAUGGCUGGUCAUCUGUAAAAGAGAACUCCGAAAAAGACAUUUUCUCAGAGGAAGCUGGCCAUAGAUGGGCUAACGCAUAUCUAAACGGCAGACCCUCAGAUUCUUGGAGCGACCCCUUUCUUGCCCCCGUUGAAUGGUGGGCGGAUGUAAAGGUUGAACAGGUGUUGAUUCUGUCUGGUUCGGAAGAUAUAUUGCUGUCACAAAUUCAAGAAUUUGUCGUUAAACUCAAGAAUGCAGUGCCCAGCACUAAUUUUGUUAUUGGCUUACAUGAAGGACAUGUAUCUCCUAUCUUUGAUCAUGUUAUGGGAGACAGGUCACAAACAAAGCAGGAAAUGGAAUUGAGAAGAUGGCUGGCAGAAAUUUUGAAGCGGGAUACUCGCAGCAGGAUUCUUCCAGUCUGA